UCUCAGUCUCAGGUCUGCUCCGGUCCCAGUAAGGAGAAUCAGUGCUCCCUGUUUGUCUCUUUCUCUCUCUCUCUCUGCAUCCUGCGCUCCAGGGGUACAGACAGACAGAUCACCCCUCUGCUCUCUACUGAAUCACUACAGUCUGGGGGAAACUCUAAUCCUUUCAUUUCCUGUGAACAUUUUGGUCAUCCGGCCGUCUGUCCUUCUGUUUACUCCUGUCCUUCUCCUCCUCCUUUCCUCUCCCCCUCUUCUUCUAUCUGUGUCCACGACGAGAGGAGUUGUCUGGGGAUUUUCUCAUUCUCCCUCCUGAUCUGUUUCCCAGAGGAGCUCGGCACUUCUCUUCUGUUCUUCUCCCUUUGUUUCUGCCUCCAUCCUUCAUCGCCAUGGAUAUGGGCAGCCUGACAACAGUGGUGGCCAACUCGGCCUACAUCUCGGCGCGCGGGAGCUUCGACGGCACGGCCAACCCGUCUGCCAACCGAGACAAGAAGUACCACGCCCGCCUGAAGCUGCCUCACAUCACGGUGUGCGAGGGCCUCAGGGAGACUCUGGACCUGGGCUUCCAGACCGCCUGCGUGGAGCAGCCCAUCGGCAAGCGUCUGUUCCAGGAGUUCCUGGAGGCCAACAACGAAUACAAAGGCCCCUGCCGCCUGUGGAAGGACGUGGAGGAGUACAACCAGGCCGAGGACCAGGACCGCGUUAAGAAGGCCUCCAAGAUGCUCUCUCGCUACAUGGAUCCAAGUGCCAAACACUUCUGCCCUUUCCUGCCGGAGAACGACAUCACCAAGGUGAAGGAGAAGCACGCGGAGGCCGGAGACGAUCUGUUCGUGGAGACUCUGACCAGCGUACUGGACUUCCUCAAGGAGGUCCCUUAUACCUUCUACCUGGACAGCAUGCACCUGAAGAGGUUCCUCCAAUGGAAGUGGCUGGAGAUGCAGCCCACGGGAGAGGACUGGUUCAUGGACUUCCGUGUCCUUGGGAAGGGGGGCUUCGGGGAGGUACACGCCACCUCCAUGAAGGCCACGGGGAAACUGUACGCCUGCAAGAAGCUCAACAAGAAGAGGCUGAAGAAGAGGAAAGGAUAUGAGGGUGCGAUGGUGGAGAAGAGAAUUCUGGCACGUGUCCACAGCAGGUUCAUCGUGUCACUGGCCUACGCCUUCCAGACCAAGACUGAGCUCUGUCUGGUCAUGACCAUCAUGAAUGGAGGAGACUUGAGGUAUCAUAUCUACAAUGUGGAUGAGAACAACCCAGGGUUUGAUGAGCAGAGGGCCUGUUUCUACACAGCUCAGAUCAUCCAGGGUAUGGAGCACCUGCACCAGAAGAGAAUCAUCUACAGAGACCUCAAACCUGAGAACGUGUUGUUGGAUAAUGAAGGUAAUGUGCGUAUCUCUGACCUUGGUCUGGCCGUGGAGCUGGAGGACAACCAGACCAAUAUCAAAGGCUACGCUGGGACUCCAGGGUUCAUGGCCCCAGAGCUGCUGAAAGGGGAGGAGUAUGACUGGUCAGUGGACUACUUCACCCUUGGGGUCACACUGUAUGAGUUCAUCGCUGCCAAGGGACCUUUCAGAACCCGAGGAGAGAAGGUGGAGAACAAAGUAGUGAAGAAGAGGAUUCUGAACGACCCCGUGGCCUAUCCGGAGAAGUUCAGUGAGAAAGCCAAGUCCAUCUGCGAGGCGCUGCUGUGCAAGACGGUGGACCAGAGGCUGGGCUUCAAGAACGGGUCCUGCGACGAGCUCCGAGCGCACCCCUUCUUCAGCGAACUCAACUGGAUGAAACUGAACGAAGGGAUCCUGGUGCCUCCGUUUGUUCCCGACUCCAAGACGGUCUACGCCAAGGAUCUGGACGCCGUCGGAGCUUUCUCAACAGUGAAGGGAGUCACCCUGGACGACCCCGACAAGGAGUUCUUUGACGAGUUCGCCUCGGGGAACAUCCCCAUUCCCUGGCAGGAGGAGAUGAUCGAGACGGGGAUCUACGGGGAGCUGAACCUCUGGGGGGUCGGGGGGGCGCUGCCCAACGACCUGCGCAGGGAGAGCAUCCUGGAACAGCCCCCGAAGUCCUCCACCUGCUGCCUGUCAUAGAUCAGAGGUCAAGGGGUAGGGAACAUGGGACUCUUUGCUCGCGUUCCCCCAGACGUUGCAUGCAUCAACCAAUGGUUGCGUGCCACAUCAUCGACCGUGUCAUCGACUGACAGAUAGCUAUAACAUAUAAUGUGGUUAGCUGACACUGUAAGCAAAAAACCAAUCCAGGCGUUGUCAGAUCUGGCAGGCAUAUCAGCAACGCCUGGGCACGGGAACGCCCCCUUUAUGAAUAUCAUUACUAGGAAGGAUAUCAUUGGCCGGCCGAGUGGAGGAAGUAGUCUCGGGCCAAUGGCAGAGACGUGGUCACGAAGGAGGCGGGUGGAUUUAAUGGGAUGGGAUGUAAAACGAUGGAAUGUUUAUUAUAUGUUAUGUAUUAUUAUGUUUAUCAAAAUGAACAAGUUAAAAGACGUUUUAGAUAUCUACACCUGUUUCUUCAUUCUUUUCUUGCUACUACGGCAACUGGUGAAAUGCACCAUUUAUUGUACUUCACCAAAGAGACAGAAUAGUGUUUUAACAGCCGGCCACUAUGCCGAGAAAACUAAAUACAGUCACUGUAAGGUUUUAUUUCUUAUAACAGAACUAUAACGGCUCUGUUUCUGUUGUACUUGUCUGGCUUUUGCUGUUUUUGAAUGUGAUGUCAUCAAUGCAGUGUGUGUGUGUGUGUGUGUGUGUGUGCGUGUGUGGUGUGUGUGUGUGUGUGUGUGUGUGUGUGUGUGUGUGUGUGUGUGUGUGUGCGUGCGCGCGUGCGUGCGUGUGUGUGUGUGUGCGUGCGUGCGCGCGCGUGUGUGUGUGUGUGUGUGCGUGCGUGCGCGUGCGUGCGUGCGUGUGCGUGUGUGUGCGUGUGUGCGUGUGUGUGUGUGUGUGUGUAUAUAUAUAAAUGUAAAUAUAUUUAUUUAGAUAGAUAGGGGAGAACUCAUCAACUGGUUUUAUCUGAUUGUCAUGUGCAGUGACAGUAGCUCUCUGUCCCCUCUCUUCACACUCCAUCACAAGUCUCUCAGAUAUACAUCAGUUUAAUGACAGAUAUAAAUCCAACUAGCAUCCAAUAUUUUAUGUCUCUGUUCUACUGUAUAUUCUUAUGCUCCACAAGGUCUUUUCAAAUUACGGUCAGAGGCCUGUGGGUCCUGGUCAAAAGUAGUGCACUAUAUAGGGAAUAGGGUGCCAUGGGCCCUGGUCAAAAGUAGUGCACUAUAUAGGGAAUAGGGUGCCAUGGGCCCUGGCCAAAAGUAGUGCACUAUAUAGGGAAUAGUGUGCCAUGGGCCCUGGCCAAAAGUAGUGCACUAUAUAGGGAAUAGUGUGCCAUGGGCCCUGGUCAAAAGUAGUGCACUAUAUAGGGAAUAGGGUGCCACUUGGGAUGCAUAUUCCAAUAUGGAGUUACAGCAAUGUUGGUUUCUUGAUAAUAAAUACUGAUAUGACAUCAUAAACCCUGUGAGGAGUCACUCAUAAUCACUCAAUACAAAUUCUAAGUUGUACACGUCACUUUUCAUAUCAGUAGAUAUGUGUGACAUAUCAGUAUAGAAAUGUGUGACAUAUCAGUAUAGAAAUGGGUGGCAUAUCAGUAUAUAUAUGGGUGGCAUAUCUGUAUAGAUAUGGGUGACAUAUCAGUAUAGAUAUGGGUGGCAUAUUAGUAUAGAUAUGGGUGGCAUAUCAGUAUAGAUAUGGGUGGCAUAUCAGUAUAUAUAUGGGUGGCAUAUCUGUAUAGAUAUGGGUGACAUAUCAGUAUAGAUAUGCCUGACAUAUCAGUAUAGAUAUGCCUGACAUAUCAGUAUAGAUAUGCCUGACAUAUCAGUAUAGAUAUGCCUGACAUAUCAGUAUAGAUAUGCCUGACAUAUCAGUAUAGAUAUGCCUGACAUAUCAGUAUAGAUAUGCCUGACAUAUCAGUAUAGAUAUGCCUGACAUAUCAGUAUAGAUAUGCCUGACAUAUCAGUAUAGAUAUGGGUGUUAUAUUAGUAUAGAUAUGGGUGGCAUAUCAGUAUAGAUAUGGGUGGCAUAUCAGUAUAUAUAUGGGUGGCAUAUCUGUAUAGAUAUGGGUGACAUAUCAGUAUAGAUAUGCCUGACAUAUCAGUAUAGAUAUGCCUGACAUAUCAGUAUAGAUAUGCCUGACAUAUCAGUAUAGAUAUGCCUGACAUAUCAGUAUAGAUAUGCCUGACAUAUCAGUAUAGAUAUGCGUGAAGAAAACCGUAAGUAUGACAUAUUUUCAAAUGUUCUUGUUGCACCACGGGGAAUGAGUUGGUUAGGUGGGGUCUGCAGGGGGUGAUUUCUUUUCUUGCUUUUUCUAUAUUGUAUAUAUAAUAUAUUAUAUUUAUUAUUAUCUUUAUUGUAUACUAUACUAUAUUGUUUAGGUUGCUUUCCCGAGUGCUAGCACUCUGAUUCCCACACAGGAACCUCUUGUUAAACAGGGUUUUAUGAAUUCCUGUGCAUUUGUUUAAAUACAAAAUGAUCUAAUGUCUAUAUAGAACUUGAGAAACUGUAAAUAACUGUUUAAUUAUACCAUAGAAAUCAUCAUGCUUAUUCAUUAAAAUAAACAUUUCGACAGAAAAUAAA